AUGGCAAGCGGGAACAAGCAGGCUAACAAGGAGGAGCGGCUGUUUAGCUUCGCUGCUUGUGGUUGGCUAAAGAUAUACUUAUUUGGUGUCGCAAAAGCUCUCCAAGAGACUGGAAUGGCUAAUAAUGCAAAAUUCGUUGGUUCAUCGGCAGGUUCCUUGGUGGGUUUAGCACUUGCGUUAGAUUUGGACUUCGAAGAAAUCAAGGAAUUCCAGCUUAACUGCGUAAAACGGACGCAUGGCAGUAUCAGAGGAGCGCUGAGGCUCAAGGCAUACUUGGACGAGAUCAUGGACCAGAUGCUCCCUGAAGGAGCUUGCGAUCAGAUUAACGACAGUUUCCAGAAUGUUUCUAAGUGCACCACUAGUAUGGCUCCCCUCUGUGGAAUGCCUUUUGUGCAUGAUGGAGAUUUAGUUUAUGAUGGAGCAGUUAGUGACUGUAUAUUCCACUAUGGUGGGCGUUGUAUCCUCCACGAGUCGAAGAUUUUGAAUGGGUGUAUCAUUUGGGAUGUCAUGAUGGAAAAGUAUGGAGCAUGCAACAACAAGAGAGUUUGGAUGGACAAAUAA